AUGAAUGAUCUUGCAAAAAGAUGGGAAUGUUUGAAGCUGACGGAGAAAGAAUCUCAGCUAGUAGACCUGGAUGAUGAGAUAUCGGAGGAGUUGAAAAAUAAGGGGGAAUGCAGUCUGGUGGGAAAGAUAUGGAUGGAAAGAAACAUUAGUAAGGGAGUUAUUGAAACUACGAUGGCUAAAGUGUGGAGGAUAAGCAGGAAGGCUCUGUUUCAAGAGGUGGGUACAAACAAGUUUGUAAUCACCUUUGCAAACCAAGCUGAUAAACAGAGGAUCCUGGAUGGGAGACCAUGGUUAUUUGACAACCAGUUGUUCGUAAUAUUGCCCUUAGAUGGAUUCAUACCACCACAGCAGAUGGACUUCAGUAGGGAGAGGUUCUGGGUUCAGUUUCAUGACUUACCAAUAGCAUGUAUGAAUAAGGCAGGAGGAGAAAAACUAGGUGAGACUGUGGGUAGAGUACUGGAAGUAGAGUUACAGGAGGACGGGAGUGGGUGGGGUUCUUUUCUGAGGAUUUUAAUAGAAAUAGAGAUUGAGAAACCAUUGGCUAGGGGAAGGACUAUCGCUAUUAAGGGGAGAACUUACUGGAUUCCUCUGAAAUUUGAAAAAUUACCACAUUUCUGCUUUAGAUGUGGUAGUAUUAUUCAUGGAGAAGGAGGAGGAAGAGAUUCAGUUUGGCACAUGGAUGAGGGCAGGGAUGAGAGCAAAAUUUAA